CGGAGCUCCCGGCAGAGCCCAACGACAGACCGGCGGCCGCGGGGGCCCCUGAGGUGGCCGGGGCCAUGGCCGGGGUUGCGUGCUUGGGGAAGGCUGCGGACGCKGAUGAAUGGUGCGAUAGUGGCCUGGGCUCUCUGGGUCCCGACGCAGCGGCUCCCGGAGGACCAGGGCUGGGCGCGGAGCUGGGCCCGGGGCUGUCGUGGGCGCCCCUCGUCUUUGGCUACGUCACUGAAGAUGGAGACACGGCACUGCACUUGGCUGUGAUUCAUCAGCAUGAGCCCUUCUUGGAUUUCCUCCUGGGCUUCUCCGCGGGCACAGAGUACUUGGACCUGCAGAAUGACCUAGGCCAAACAGCCCUGCACCUGGCAGCCAUCCUUGGGGAGGCGUCCACGGUGGAGAAGUUGUAUGCAGCCGGCGCCAGGCUGCUAGUGGCAGAGCGCGCGGGCCACACGGCCCUGCAUCUGGCCUGUCGCAUGCGGGCACAUGGCUGCGCACGCGCGUUGCUCCAGCCCCGCCCCCAGCGCCCCCGAGAAGCCCCCGACACCUACCUCGCAGAAAGCCCCGACCACGCCUCGAACCCCAGCCACACCCCCGUUGCCUUAUGCUCGGAAACCGACUUGGAGAAGGAGGAGGAGGAGGAGGAGAGUGAAGAGGACUGGAAGCUGCAGCUGGAAGCCGAGAACUAUGAGGGCCACACCCCGCUCCACGUGGCUGUCAUCCACAGAGACUCAGAGAUGGUUCGGCUACUCCGGGAUGCAGGAGCUGACCUCAACAAACUGGAGCCCACGUGUGGCCGGAGCCCGCUGCACUUGGCAGUGGAAGCACAAGCCACCGAGGUGCUGGAGAUCCUCCUGAGGGCAGGUGCCGACCCUGCCGCCCGCAUGUAUGGGGGUCGCACCCCCCUGGGCAGUGCCCUCCUCCGACCCAACCCCAUCCUCGCCCGCCUCCUCCGUGCACAUGGAGCCCCCGAGCCUGAGGAUGAGGACGACAAGUCCAGCCCCUGCAGCAGCAGUAGUGACAGCGACAGUGACAGCAGGGAUGAGGGCGAUGAAUACGACGACAUCGUGGUCCACAGUGGCCGGGGCCCAAACCGGCCACCUCCCACCCCAGCGUCCAAACCUCUUCCUGACGACCCCGACCCCGUCUGAUUUUGUGUUAAUAUAAUUUCUGAUUUAAUAAAACCUCAGUUCUGACAACCAG